AUGGAAGUGCCUCUAGAGGAGUUACUUAAACUCCAACAGUCGCUAAAACACACCCCUGUCGCAGGUACCGAUGCCAAUGCCAUCACGGACUCUGUCGAUGCUCCUAGGAAGAAGGAACUGACAACUGUGGACAAUAAGAGACCACAGAGACCGAGCCAUCUGGUCUUCAAAAACCCACGAGCCAAGCUAAGCGACCCACGAGAAUUUGCUAAGAACUUCGUCGACGACCAUGGCGGCACCAAAUACUCCUUCUUGCACAACAUGCAAAAGAAAGAGCGGGAAGAACUUGGCACAUUCAUCAAAUCUGAUGGAUACCGCCAGCUCAACAAGGACGAACGACAACAGGUCCACAAAAAGUUCCAGCAGCUCACUAGCGCCGUAAAUCACAAGAGCAAACGUGUAAUUAAAUUAGAAAAGAAAAAUCACGAACCAAGAACAAAUCAACCAAACGAAAAGCAUACCCACAAAAUCUCAAGGGAAAAAUAA